AUGGUGCCUUGGCUUGUGGGCGCCGCCCUGUGCUUAAUCUGGGACCGCUUCACUUACUCGAGGAGCGAUGUGGCACCCUUUGACCCCAAUUGUGGAAGAGUACCAUUAGUGAAUAUGAUGUCAGGAUCUCGAAUUGUAGGUGGCCAGAAGGCUGAGCUCGGAGGGUGGCCUUGGAUGGUAAGCCUACAGGCUAUGAUUUUUCCUAAAUAUACACAUUUAUGUGGGGGAUCUUUAAUAAGUGAAAACUGGAUCCUCACAGCCGCACACUGCCUUAAAGAAUACAGUGGGCCAAAAAAUUGGAGAGCUGUAAUUGGAAUUAACAGUCUUUCAAAACAACAUCAGAACACUAAGAAAAUACAAAUUAAAACAAUCAUUAUCCAUCCAGAGUUCAACCCGGAUACAUAUGCAAAUGAUAUUGCACUUUUUUAUUUAACAAGAGUGGUGAGUUAUAGUGACUAUAUUCAACCUAUCUGCCUACCAUUUUUUAAAGAGUUAUUAAGCUGGAAUGUCAGCACAAGGUGCUUCGUAAGUGGCUGGGGCAGAACAUCAGAAGAAGGUGAUGCUUCAAAUAAUUUACUAGAAGCUGAACUACAUUACAUUCCCUGGGAGGCCUGUAAUAGUGAAGAAAGUUAUGGAGGACGAGUUGCUGUGACUUCAUUUUGUGCAGGUGAAGAAGAUGGAAUUGCUGAUACUUGCAUGGGUGACAGUGGUGGACCUUUCAUGUGCUAUAUUCCAGAAUCUGAGAGAUAUAUCCUAAUGGGAAUUACUAGUUUUGGAUCUGGCUGUGGCAAAAAAAUUUUUCCUAGAAUUUAUACUAAAGUACAAUUCUACAAAAUGUGGGUGAACAACAUUUUGCUUCUAGCAGCUGCCAAAAACACACAUAGAGUUAAUACUUUACAAGGAAAGACAUUGAUAAUUAUAGUUUUCAUUAAUCUACUAGUGGUUACAUAA